GAACUGUAUCAGGGUGUUUUCAUCCCAACGCGGCCUGUUCUGUGUUUCGCCAAUAUACUACUCGUCCAGUGGUUUGUCUUUUGAAUCGCGUGGCACAAUCUAGGAAGCCGCUAAGUCGAGCCCUGAAGACACAACAGAUUUCUGGCGACGGAGGUGUUGAACAAUGGCCAUUUCUUUUGAGCAGAUGCAGCAGCUCCUCCAUCAACAGCAGGUGCAGUUCGAGAGAUCCCAGAAACAGCUGUUCGACUUAUUCGCACAGAAAUUGAACAUUAAACCAGAAUCCCAAGAUGCUGGCGCACGGAUCUCAGUAGACGCAGUUACAGCAUCCAUUACGGAGUUCAUUUUUGAUGAAUCAAACGGAGUAACUUUUGAAUCCUGGUUUAAGAAAUAUGAAGAUAUUUUCCGCAUUGAAUUGGAGGCACAAGAUGAUGCAUGGAAAGUUCGGUUGUUGUUGCGCAAACUCGGUGCAGUCGAACAUGAACGGUACACGAAUUUUGUGCUGCCAAAGAACCCCAGAGACUUUCGCUUCGACGAGACGGUGACAAUACUGAAGACUAUUUUCGGUGAGCAAGCAUCCUUGUUCAGUAUUCGUUAUCAUUGUUUUAAGUUGGUCAAAAGUGAUAUUCAUGACUAUAUAACACAUGCUGCAGUUGUGAAUAGAGAAUGUGAACGUUUCAAACUGGGUAUGAUGACACCUGAUCAGUUCAAAAGCCUCAUAUUUGUUUGUAGUCUUCAGUCUCACGCCGAUGCUGACGUACGCACACGUAUCCUGCAUAAGUUAGAACAGGAACCUCAUAUGACAUUACAGGACAUUGCUGCUGAGUGCCAGAGACUGAUUAAUCUAAAGCACGAUACCAAAAUGAUUGAAAAUGCUCAUUCUAGGAAUGAACCGCAAAUUUAUCACACAGCUGUUCGCGGUAAAAAUGUGAGCCAUAGAGUCCCCAACCAGAAACCCCCAACUUCCUGUUGGAACUGUGGUGGAUGGCAUUUCGUACGUUUCUGUUCCUAUAGGAAACAUCUCUGUCAGAAGUGCAAACGCCUUGGUCAUAAAGAAUCACAUUGUCACACCACCUACAAUUCCAGGACUGUGUCUGGCCCUAAAUUGCACACGAACUCUAAAUCCAAAAAGACCUUUAACGGUGCAAAGACAAAAGUAGUUCUCGCGACCUGUCGCACAGAAUUUGCCGGCAAGCGAAAGUACCUCACCGUUGAAAUUAAUAAUGUUCCCAUAUCGUUGCAACUAGAUACGGCAUCGGACAUUACCAUAAUUUCUCGAUCAUCAUGGAUGAGACUCGGUAGACCACCACUCAGGCACACAAAUUUGACCGCCCAAAAUGCAUCCGGUGAACCACUGAGGUUAGAUGGUGAGUUUACAUGUGAAGUUAAGUUUAAGGAUCUGAAGCUCUGUGGAACCAUCUACCUAAUUUCUUCUGUUGACAUUAAUCUUCUUGGGAUUGAUUGGAUCGAAAGAUUGAAUUUGCUUAGUGUGCCAUUGAAUCAUGUGUGUUCCGAAACGAACGUCAUGGUGCAUCAUACAACCGUGCCACCUCAUCCACGUCAAACUAUUGCCGAACAGCUUCAGGUAAAAUAUGCUUGCGUUUUUCAACCUGAACUUGGACAUUGCAACAAGAUGCAGGCAAAACUUACUUUACUACCUGAUGUUACCCCCGUGUUUCGACCCAGGCGUCCGGUCCCAUAUGCAUCUCAAGUACUUGUUGAGCAUGAGCUUGAUCGAUUGCAGCAAAUUGGUGUGAUCGAGCCCAUUAAUUUCUCACCGUGGGCUGCUCCUAUCGUCGUAAUUAAGAAGCCGAACGGUUCUAUUCGCCUCUGUGCAGAUUUUUCAACUGGUUUAAAUGAUGCACUACAACCACAUCAGUACCCACUCCCACUUCCUGACGAUCUAUUCGCGAAGCUGAAUGGUGGUAAAUAUUUUGCUACUUUGGAUCUGGCUGAUGCUUAUUUACAGUUAGAAGUUGAACCUGAAAGUCGAAAGCUUCUCACGAUCAACACUCAUCGUGGUCUGUACCAAUACAAUCGUCUGCCGUUUGGCGUUAAAACCGCUCCAGCAAUUUUUCAGCAAGUUAUGGAUGCCAUGUUGACUGGAAUAACUGGAGCUGCAGCCUAUCUGGAUGAUAUCAUCAUUAUGGGCACCACACAGGAGGAACUAUUCCAACGACUGGAUGAUGUGAUGAUGCGAAUUAAAGAUUAUGGAUUCCGUUUACGUGCAGAGAAAUGCAAAUUCUUUUUGAGGUCUGUUAAGUUCCUGGGAUUCGUGAUCAGUGAACGCGGACGACAUCCCGACCCCGAGAACAUUGAGCUGAUAGACAGAUUGCCCACACCAACGGAUGUCACAACUCUGAGAUCGUUCCUCGGAAUGGUGAGUCACUAUGGCCAAUUUUUGCCAGCGAUGCAUCGCUUACGUCAACCUUUGAAUCAUUUGCUGACGAAAGAUGUCGAAUGGAAAUGGUCCAGGCAGUGUCAACAGGCAUUCGAAAAAUUGAAAUCGCUACUAAAAUCAGAUCUGUUGCUCACCCAUUACAAUCCUAAUCUGGAGAUCAUCCUAACAACAGACGCUUCUAGCUAUGGAAUCGGUGCAGUCAUUUCACACCGCUUUCCAGAUGGUUCAGAAAAGGCUGUUGCGCAUGCGGCACGAGCCCUGACGCCCUCUGAGAAGAACUACAGCCAAAUUGAGAAGGAAGCCCUCGCUAUUGUUUUCGCUGUUCAGAAAUUUCACAAAAUGAUUUACGGACGGCGUUUCACACUAGUGACCGAUCACAAACCGCUACUCGCCAUUUUUGGAUCCAAAAAGGGUAUUCCGGCAUAUACAGCCAGUCGUCUUCAAAGGUGGGCCACUUUGCUCUUGGGAUACGAAUUCAACAUGAGGUACUCGUCAACUGACUCCAUUGGGCAAGCGGACGCUCUGUCCAGAUUAAUCGAUACUAGUCGACGUGAGCCGGAGGAUGCCGUCAUUGCUUCAAUCACAACCGACACGGAUAUCAGCCACAUGAUACAGGAUGCCGUGAGUACUUUACCACUAACUGCAAGAAUGGUUCAGGCAGCCACAAGUCGGGACACAUUGCUACAGAAAGUCUUGACUUAUACAAGACAAGGUUGGCCAAAGCAGUGCCCUGACAAAUCGCUUGCACAGUUUUUCACACGACGUGAUGCUCUGUCUGAAGUCGAUGCCUGUCUCUUUUUCGCAGAUCGCCUUGUCAUUCCCGAAGUACUCAGGCAACGAGUUCUGAGGCAAUUGCAUAAAGGUCACCCAGGAAUCGCCCGAAUGAAAGCACUCGCGCGCAGUUACGUGUUUUGGCCCUCAAUGGAUAGCCAAAUAGAAGACAUUGGACGAUCCUGUUCUAAAUGCUGCAGUGUUUCCAAGUUACCAGUGCGCACAACAUUACAAUCUUGGCCGCGUCCCGAAUCACCCUGGUCGCGAAUACAUGUGGACUUUGUGGGACCAGUUGAGGGAACUUUCUUUCUCGUCAUUGUCGAUGCAUACAGUAAGUGGCCUGAAGUUACUGUGAUGCGAAAUACGUCCUCAAACAGCACAAUUCUUGCACUGAAGCGUCUUUUCAGUCAGUAUGGGCUGCCACAAACGAUCGUAUCAGACAAUGGAUCACAGUUCACUUCUUAUCAAUUCGCUGAUUUUUGUGCACAAAAUGGAAUACAGCAUAUGAGGACUGCACCGUAUCAUCCCCAAUCCAAUGGCCAAGCAGAAAGGUAUGUUGAUACCCUGAAACGUGCUUUGUUAAAAUCGAAGGGGGAGGGGACCCUGGAUGAAAGGCUGGAAAAUUUUCUGCUAAAUUAUCGGGUUACUCCGAAUCCCAAUGCACCAGAUGGAAAGUCACCCGCUGAAGCACUCAUGGGUCGAAGACUGAGAACCACACUAGAUUUGAUGACUCCAAAACGCCCACCGAUACAUCAUACGAAUUCACUAAUGGAAACUCACUACAACAAGCGACAUGGAGCACGGCACAGAAACUUUAGAAUUGGUGACGCAGUGUUUGCUGCCUUUCAUCAAGGGCGUCAAAUCAGUUGGAUACCAGGUCAAGUAGUAGGACGACGCGGAAAAGUAAUGUACGAUGUUCGUGUUGGCAGACAGCUGUGGGUUCGCCAUGCGAACCAACUACGACCGCGGAUUACAAGGAUACAAGAGGCGCGCCAUUCCGAAGGAUUUGCGUUCAAUGAAUUGUUGUACCCUUCGCAGCCAAGCACCUCGAUUAGACAGGAUACACAACCCAUGGAACGAGCUGAAAAUGAAAAACAACUAAGGCCAACACGGAGAAGAAGAUGCGUGCAGCCCAUGCAAGUAGACCCCCGAAGGAAGACAUAUACCAAUACCGGCUCAACUAUUUCAACAAGGGGGAGGUGUUAGGUCUCGAACGGCCUGCUCUAAGGAAAAUCGCGUUGUCUGAAAAUCAAGUCGAGUUGGCGCCACUGAUUCAGGCCAAAUCUUGUAACUUGGAUGGAAAAACAGAAUUUCACACAGACCAAAGUCAAAUGCGCACCGAAACGAAACAAAUUGACUUGUUCGGAAAGGUAAGUGCGCGAUUUCCCACAAGGAACCGUGUGCCUUGCAUUAGAACAGUCUUAGUUACAAGCAGACUAGUGUUUUUCCAUGUUGCAGAACAUUGUUACUAUCGCUUGUUUCACGCCACUCACACGUCCCUUGUUUCUUUGAGACAUAUAAAAUCAAACGAGCACACUUCCGUGAUUUGAACUGUAUCAGGGUGUUUUCAUCCCAACGCGGCCUGUUCUGUGUUUCGCCAAUAUACUACUCGUCCAGUG